AUGCGGAUAACACAUAGGGCCUUCUCGCCCUCAAAAGCAAUUGCUUCUUUGACAAAUCGCAUUGCCCAUAAUGUUGGCAUACAGACAUCACAAACAUCCCGCCUUUAUUCCACCCAUCCUCCAAACGCCCGCCUGAACGUGCCAGUUGACUAUUCCACCACUCCGCUCCUCGCCCACCGGGUUCAAUCUGCUCUCGAUAAUCCUGAACUUCCGCCUGAAGUUCGCAAUGGCACUACACAGCAGAUGAACUUGUUCCAGUCGAUCAACGACGCUCUGUCUUUGGCUCUAGCCGCUGACGACAAUGUGCUCCUUUUCGGCGAAGAUGUUGCAUUCGGCGGUGUAUUCCGGUGUAGUAUGGGGCUUGCCGAGAAAUAUGGAGCGGAUAGAGUCUUCAAUACGCCGUUGACAGAACAGGGGAUUGUUGGGUUCGCAAUUGGGGCUGCUGCCGAAGGUGCAAAAGCAGUGGCAGAAAUACAGUUCGCUGAUUACGUUUACCCAGCAUUCGAUCAGUUGGUGAACGAAGCCGCGAAGUUUCGGUAUAAGGAUGGGGGUAACGGACGGCAUGUGGGAGGAUUAACAGUCAGGAUGCCAUGUGGUGGUGUUGGCCAUGGAGCACUAUACCAUUCCCAGUCGCCCGAGAGCUUAUUCACGCACAUCCCCGGUCUACGAGUCAUAAUGCCUCGAUCACCCAUACAAGCAAAAGGCUUGCUACUAUCGGCCAUCGCAAGUAACGAUCCUUGUGUUUUCAUGGAGCCCAAGGCGUUAUACCGAGCUGCGGUCGAACAGGUUCCCACUGGAUCGUAUACUCUACCGCUUUCGAAAGCAGAGGUUUUGAAGGAAGGCUCGGAUCUUACCAUUAUAUCAUACGGCCACCCUCUAUAUACGUGUUAUUCUGCGAUCGAGAAAGCAGAAAAAGAUUUUGGCAUCAAUAUAGAACUGAUUGAUCUCCGCACUGUUUACCCAUGGGACAAGGAGUGCGUAUUGCAGAGCGUCCGAAAGACCGGGAGAUGUCUAGUCGUGCACGAGAGCAUGGUUAAUGCCGGGAUUGGAGCCGAGGUUGCUGCCAGUAUACAGGAGGACAAGGAUACGUUCUUGAGACUUGAGGCGCCUGUGAUGAGAGUUGCGGGAUGGAGUACCCAUAUGCCUCUCAUGUUUGAGAGGUUCAAUAUCCCGGAUAUUGCUAGGGUGUACGAUACCAUUAAACGGGCCGUGGAGUAUUGA